GGAAACUUUUAGCUAAACGAAAUCCAUCAGAGAUGUUUACAGCAGGAUAAACAACGGCUGGAGGCAGCAGCGGUGGAAGAAAUGUCGAGCUUUCUGGAGAAGAACGGUCUCGUUUAACCCUCUACCUACGACUAGACAGCAGCUCAGCUGACCAGAUGAAAGCAGCAACUGGUGGAGAGGACUGUGGAGGAGCAGAAACUACCAGGAACCCAGAUCUGAGUACUGAUGAAGAUGAUUCCAGCUCAUCWGAGACUGAAGGCUGUGAGGAUCAUGAGGAUGUUAAUGACCCUGACUUUCAACUGAAAAAUGUAUCAGACUCUGGAUCUGAACCUGAUGACAAUAACAAAGACUGGAAGGAGAGUGGAGCUCCUGAGUCGGGUGAAAACAUUGUCAACAAAUGUUGCAGCUUCUCUGAGUGUGGGAAACAAAUUGUCCACAAGAGUUCUCUUCAGAGACACAUGACGUGUCAUUCAAGAAUGUCUAAAAAAGGUUUGGUGAGUAAGAAAUGCGUUCAAAUGAAGGAAACUGCAGGCUCAAGCAAGAAAAUCCAGUCAAGACAAAAAUCUUUUAGUUGUAAAGACUGUGGAAAACAGUUUAACAGAAAAUGUGAUCUAAACAAACACAUGAUAAGCCACACAGGAGAGAAACCAUUUGCUUGUGAUGUUGAUCUUUGUGGACAAAAGUUUGGACAAAAGUCACAUUUAAACACACACAGGAUCAUCCACACAGGACAGAAACCACUUGUUUGUGGUCUUUGUGGACAAAAGUUUGGACAAAAGUCAAGUUUAAACUCACACGUAAUAAUUCACACAGGACAGAAACCAUUUGCUUGUGAUCUUUGUGGACAAAGGUUUGGACGAAAGUCAAGUUUAAACAGACACAUGAUAAUUCACACAGGAGAGAAACUAUUUGCUUGUGAUCUUUGUGGACAAAGGUUUGGACAAAAGUCAAAUUUAAACUCACAUAUGAUAAUCCACACAGGAGAGAAACUAUUAACUUGUGAUCUUUGUGGACAAAAGUUUGGUCAAAAGGCACAAUUAAAGACACACAUGAUCAUCCACACUGGACAGAAACCAUUUGUUUGUGGUCUUUGUGGACAAAUGUUUGGACAAAAGUCAAGUUUAAACAGACACAUGUUAAUCCACACAGGAGAGAAACCAUUUGCUUGUGGUCUUUGUGGACAAAAGUUUGGACUAAAGUCAAGUAUAAACUCACACAUGAGAAUCCACUCAGGACAGAAACCAUUUGUUUGUGAUCUUUGUGGACAAAGGUUUGGACAAAAGGUUCUCAAUGUCAUCUCCAACCUGUGGUCUUCUGGAAGUAGGUCUUACAUCUUCAUUCUUAGUUGA